AUGGUGGAGGCCGCCGCGGGGCGCCGGUCGGGGACCAACCGUCGGCGGCCUAGCGGCGGGGGCGAGCGGCGGCGGCAGCAGCUGCAGCACCAGCGCCUGGUCGCGGUGGCCGCGCGCGUCACGAUGGUGGCGCCCGCGCCCGCGCCGGCGCCCGCCGCGGGGGGUGGCGGGGGCUGCGUCGAGGACAUCCUCGGGUGCCUGCUCGGCGUGCUGCGCGCGCUCGGCGUCGCGUGGCCCGCCGCGCGGCCGCUGAGGCUGCCGUCGCAGCCGCCUCGGGGCCCCGCGCCUGGGGCGGACGGGCGCCGCGUCGCCGCGGAGCUGAGGGGGGUCCCCGGCCGGAUCGCGGGCAAUGGGGCCUGCGCCGUCGCGUCGCUUUACACGCUGCAGGGCAAGAAGGGCGUCAACCAGGACGCCAUGAUCGUCUGGGAGAACUUCUGUUCAAGAGAGGAUACCAUUUUUUGUGGUGUUUUUGAUGGGCAUGGACCAAAUGGCCAUUUGGUUGCUAGGAGGGUGAGAGAUCUUCUGCCCAUAAAGCUUGGUGCCGAUUUGGGGACAGAUGAGGGACGGCAGACAUCUAGUAGCAACAUCAAAAGCAAUGGAGAGGAAAUAGGAUCUCCUGAAAACAUGGAAAGAGAUGCCCAACAGAAUGGGGAGUACCCAGCAAUCUUCACAGCAUUUAGAACUUCAUUCUUGAGGGCAUUCCAUGUCAUGGAUAGAGAUCUGAAGUUACAUAAAAAUAUAGAUUGUUUUUUCAGUGGAACUACAGCAGUGGCAGUGCUCAAGCAGGGCCAGAAUCUUAUAAUUGGAAACCUGGGGGACUCGAGAGCUAUCUUAGGCACUAGAGAUAAAGAUAAUCAGCUAAUGGCUGUCCAAUUGACAGUUGAUCUCAAACCUAACAUUCCAAGUGAAGCACAACGAAUCAGGCAACGCAGGGGCAGAAUAUUUGCACUUCCCGAGGAGCCAGAGGUUGCUCGUGUUUGGCUUCCAAAGUACAACUCCCCUGGAUUGGCCAUGGCUAGGGCAUUUGGAGACUUCUGUCUAAAGGAUUAUGGUCUAAUCUCUAUGCCUGAAGUCACCUAUCACCGCAUCAGUGAAAGGGAUGAAUUUGUUGUGUUGGCAACUGAUGGGGUUUGGGAUGUGCUGUCAAACACUGAAGUUGUUAGUAUUGUCAACAGAGCUACUUCUCGGGCCUCUGCAGCACGGUUACUAGUUGAAUCAGCUCAUCGUGCCUGGCGUGCACGUUUCCCCACUUCUAAAAUUGACGAUUGUGCUGUGGUCUGCCUAUUCCUGGAUACAAAUGAAUUAAGUGAAACAUCUAGUUCCAUGUACCGUGCUAUGGCAAAUGCUGUAGAAGUUAGCAGUGGGCAGCACUCCAAUACUGUCCAACUGAGCACUGGAGUAUCUUCAGAUGCUACUGGGCUCGUAACAGAUAGUGAUGAUCUGGUUGCUGUUGAGGCAGUUCCAAAGCUGGUUACUCUCACAGAUUUGCCGAACAGUGCUUCAGGUGCAAAGCAAAGCAUCACCUAGUGAGCUUGCCUGUUCCCCGGGAUCAAAGCAUUUGUUGGAUAUUCCUGCACAGCUGUAAUGGUGUGGGUUGCGCGGUCAGCAUUCUCUUGCCGAGACUGAUGCCUGUUUUUUAAGAGCACAUCGGAAGUGGCAGCUUGCUAUUUUUCUCCAUGCAAGUGUGGGUAGGACCUGCAGUUUUUCGCCUUUUGUAAAGUACCAAAGUCAGUUUUAGUGUCAUUUAUUGUAUUGCUUUUGCUAUAAUUUUGUUCUUGCUAUCAUCAUAGUAAAUUCCUAUAGGCAGAAGAAGCCUUUUGAGUUCUCACCAUUUUAUUCUGUAAUAUUCAUUCGAUUCCUACCUUGUCUGGGGAUCUAUGGUAGUCAUGUGAAUAUGUGAUCCAGUGAAUGUCUGAUGAGAUAUGCUUCCUUCCGA